AAGGAUCUUUACCAACUAGAUCUGAUCUACAUGUGUUUAUUUGCCUACUGUGUGACAUGACCUUUACCAUUCUUUGUGUACCAAGUAAAAUGGAGACUAUUUAUCACGAGAAACAAGAGGGGCAGCUAUGUGCCCAACACUGUCUCAACAACCUCCUGCAAGAGUCUCACUUCACAGCUGUAGAUCUGGGGAAGAUAGCGGAGCAGCUGGACCAGGAGGAGGCGGCUACACUGGCAGAGGGGGGACUGGGUUCCCCUGCCCUUGCCUCGUUUGUCGAACAGCCCUCUCCAAACAUGGACGACAGUGGAUACUUCUCUGGACAGGUAAUCAAUCGAGCUCUAAGUGUGUGGAGUCUGACCAUGGCUCUUUGGAAUGCCCCACACAUGAAGCAUGUCAUGGACAACCCAACAGCUCAGAAGGCUUUCAUUUGCAACCACGACAGCCAUUGGUUAACCAUACGGAAACUUGGAAGACAAUGGUUCAACCUGAACUCGCUGCUCCCAAGACCAGAGCUCAUCUCUGACACUUAUCUCAAUCUCUUCCUCACUCAACUGCAGAUGGAAGGAUAUUCCAUCUUUGUGAUAGAGGGACAUUUGCCUGCCUGUGAGGCUGACCAAUUGUUAACACUCGUACCCGUGGAGCCACCAGCUGCUGGGAGGCAGCAAAGGGAGAGAGGAGGAGAACAACGAACUCUGAUCCCUGAAGAAACAUAUGAUGCUGACUUGGCAGCUGCUAUGUCUGCAAGUUUAACAGAUGGCCAGGGCAAAUUUCAACCACCAGUGGACGAGCAGUAUGAUGUCGAUUUGGCUGCUGCCAUCUCAAUGAGCAUGCAAGAUUCGUCGACCAGUACUGAAUCAGAGCCGAGUACCUUGACCAAACCAUCUCGGCACUCAGACCGUCCGACAUCAGAUCAGCCUGUGUCAGAAGAGAGAGAGCUCACAGCAGAAGAACUAAGGUCCAAGAGACUAAAACACUUGGGCCAACCUUGAACAUGCAGAACAACGUAAUGACGAACUUAUUCCCUGCUCUAAUAGUUAUUUACAUUCUUCUGCAGUCAUCUCAUGCAAUAUCCAAUAUCAUUACGUCAUUGAGUCAAUUAAUGAAUGCAUGCACGUUUUGUCAAUAAACUUUGAUUAUGCAUCUUUCUAAAAGAGUUUGUGUCAAGUUAAA